AUGGAGUUUGUCGACACAAUACCGGUUACUUUUAAAGAAAUUACCCCAAACUAUAAAAUUCCGGAGAAAUGGAAGGAAAUAGUUCUUAAUACAGGAGGUACACACAGUACUUUACAAGAUAUAAAGCUUCCCCAUAAAGGCGGUGGAUAUUGGCAAACCACAUCAGACUCUAUUGAAUUGUCAGAGGCUUCUUUAGAUGUUAACUUGUCUUCAUGUAAUUUAAUAUGCAAAGUAGCAGCAGGGACGCCUCCUCUCAAUAAUUUAACAUGUUAUGAAAGAACAUCAACACAGCAAGUCAUUAUAUUAGCUGCUACUGUAUCUUCAGUACACAGACUAAUUUUCCCUCAUCCUGAUGUUAUAGAUAGAAAAUCUACUUUUGGAUCAAUAUGCAGUGUCACACCAUCAAUCUUUCAUGAUACAAAUACAAUUAAUAAUCCAAAUAACUAUUAUAUUCUAAAUCAAUAUUCUAAUACAAAUACUGGUGUAGCUCAUUCCUGUGCAUCUCUUCUCCGUGACAAUGGUGAAGCUGUAUUUGCUCUCGCUUUUGGGUAUGGAGGAGAUGGAGGGUUACUAUUAGUCAAGUUACCAGUUACCGGUUCUGCUGUCACAACAAUCCUGAAAAGAGAGUCUACUGUACCAAGAUUUCUUUCUGGAAUUACUGGUGCAUUAAGAGGAAAGAGCAGUGAUGGCGUUGACUCAUACGGAGUAGUGCUAGUAAACAAUUUAGCUGUAGCUGUAUGUGGAGACACAUGUCUACGUGCUUGGCUGUUAGAUGAGGGAGGUGCUCCCACAGCUGUAUCAGCUCCCUUGUCACAGACAUUAGUAAAACCUAAACCCCCUCCUCAUGGCCAUAUGCUGCGGAAUAUAAAAGGAUCGGAUGGAAGUACAAUAUUAGUGGCUUAUUUGUCAUUUCCAAAUGAAUGUGAAUUUGUUAUGAUGAAAAUGCUUGAUGGAGGAGCUGGAGCAAUUAAAUUUUCACAAAUUUGCCAAAUUUUUGGACCGCAGUUAGACCUACUUGAUUAUCAAAUUGGUUAUGGAGAAGGAAACCAUGUCAUAUGGGCUCUAUGGACCCAACCUGAUGGCGAUGCGAUUAUUACAAGCAGCGCGCUGGGCGCGGAGGCGGCGUGGCGCGCGGUGGCGGCGCGCGAGCCGGCGGCGCCGCUGCCGCAGCUGGCGGCGCACCAGCACUACCGCGAGCGGCUGCUGGCGCCCGGCCUCUUCCCGCCCGCCGUCGUCAGGAAGGCGCUCGUGAUCUACCGGCGCACGUGGGGCGGCGAGGCGGGCGCGGACGCGGAGCUGGGCGAGGCGGUGCUGGGCGCCGUGCAGGCGCGCAUGCGCGGCCUCACCGCGCGCGCGCCCGCGCACGACCACGCGCACCUCAUGCACAAGUACCUACUGCACUUAACAGAUUUCGCUAACGCAGCUCCGUGCUGGUCAGAUCUGUACAGCUGGUGCCUGCAAUACAUGGAGGGGCUGACGCGGCCGCUGGGGCUGCUGGUGGCGCACGGCGGCUGGGGCUGGUGGUGCGCGCUCGUGCGGUGCGCGGGCGUGUCGCUGGUGUGCCAGCUCGAGCCGCUGGAGCGCAUCAUGCUGUCGCCCGAGGACACCUUGCCGGACGUCGCUGCCAGCGGCGAGGCGGAGCUGUCGGCGGACGCGGUGCGCGUGGUGCUGGCGGGCGCGCGCUGGGAGCGCGCGGCCACGGCGGCGGGCGCGGCGGAGCUGGAGCGGCGCCUGUUCGCGUGCGCCGCGCCGCAGCACCGCCUGCUGCCGCGCCUGCUGCACCUGCUGCUGGCCGCGCCGCAGGACCAGCGCUCUCCGAUGUUGACGCCGGAACAAAUAGAUGAGAUAUCGUCAAUUUUGGAGCCCAUCAAAGAUUUGCAAAAUGCUGUCCUCGAGCUAAACGACGCUCUGAGACUAGAUGUGCCAGAGAUCGAUAUCUGUAAAAACGACGACGAGGAUACGAGCGAAUACGACAAUCUGUUCGCUAGUGACUUGGGUGUUGCAGUCGUCACGGAGGCGAUCCGGCAGAUGGCCGAGAUGAGGUCGCGCGUGGUGCGCGGAGUGCUGGCGGCGCUGGGCGCGGCGCGCGGCGCGGGCGGCGUGCCGGGCGCGGGCCACUGCGCCGUGCACUGGCAGGCCUACCGCGCGCUGCUGUGGCUGCGCGCCGCGCCGCUCGCGCGCCCCAGCACAAAUGCGGGCGUGUGCACCGGCAGGGCGGCGGGAUCGUCGGAGGCGUUCCGGCUGAAGCUAACGGCGCUGGGCGGCGCUGCGGCGGAGGGCGGGCGCGGCGCGCUGGGUGGCGCGGCGGCGGAGGGCGGGCGCGGCGCGCUGGGUGCGGCGGGCGCGUACGUGGCGGCGGCGGGCGGCGCGCGCGCGCGGGCGCACCUGGCCGCCGCGCGCGCGCCCGCGCACUGGCUCCGCGCGCUGCCGCUCGCCGCCUACCACCUGGCGCACCAGCUGUAUCCUUUCCGUCGCCGACCUCGCGCACCGCACAGCGCUUGUCGUGGAAUCGUGGGAUGCUACGAGUUGCGAGCUCGAGCCUUCUAG